UGGGAAUGGAAAGUUUGCGUUCGCCAACGUCGAACGUUGACUAAUCUCCCCCCAAAAUAAAAUUCCUUUGGAAAAACGCUUUACUUCCAUAACAGAAAAGAUAGCGUCGGCCUUUUAGCUAAUCAAAUUUUGUUUUCGUAACAUUUAAAUUCCUUUUUUCUUUUUCUUUUGUAAAUGCAAAUUUCCCCAGCUAAUAUCAACCUCUUGACUUCUUCAAUGUCAAUCUCGGCGUGAAAUGGCGUCACCUCCAACGUCCACGAUAUCCGCAGCUGUGGAGUCCAUCCACCGUUCCCUCCCGGAACUGACUUCCUCUUCCUCCGAUUCCUUCGACAAUCCCAGCCGCUUCACAGCAUUCGCUUCCAGACUCCAGUUCAUCCUCAACCAUCACCACUUCCUCAACUCCAACUCUCUCCCGCCGGCUCUUCAAACUGCACUCAAAGGAAUCGCCUCGGAUCUUUCCAAAGCCGUCCAAACGGUGUCGGCUUACCGUAAACGAAGCAAGAUCUUCGUCCUCAUCAACUGCAAAUCUCUCUCUUCUUCCCUCCAGCAACACUCAUCCGCCAUCGCUUCCUGGCUCGCCUUGAUCGAAUCUUCCCUCUCCGAUAACUUCCCCGAUCUCCGCAAAAAAAUCUCCGAUCUCUCCCUUGACUUGAGACAGUCUCAUUUCACCGUUACUGAAAAUGAAGAUAGAGUUCACCGUACGCUACAAAAAGAAGGAGAAGGAACGCAAACAAGUAAAGCAGUUCAAGCUGCGAUUAUAAUGGAUUUAGCGAGAUGUUUAGGUAUUGAUUCUGAUAAUUACAGCGAGUUACUAAACCAAGUUAAAUUGUUAAAGGAGGAUUUAGCAAACUCUACUUCCGUUUCCGCAAGGCGGAUUUUAGUUUCCUUAGAAACGAUCUUAGAUAACUGGUCAGUGGAUCCUGGAUUGUCAACGUUAAGCGUUGACCGUGAGUUUGAAGAAGAAGCUCACAUUUUACCGUUUAAGAACUUUUUGUGCCCGUUAACUAAGGAAGUUAUGAAGGAACCUGUUGUGCUAGAGUCAUCACAGACUUAUGAGAGAACCGCAAUUGAGUAUUGGUUUGAGAGGUGUUUGGAUGAUGGAAGAGAUCCGACUUGUCCGGUAACAGGUCAGGUUUUGAAGUCUUUGGAGUUGAAACUGAAUAUCGGUUUGGCGGGUGCUAUUGAGGAAUGGGUUAAUAGGAACAUUGAGAUUCUGGUGAAGGGUGCAGUGGAGCAGCUAAGCAAGGAGAAUGUGGAGGUCGAAGGUGUUGAGAGGGUGUUGGAUGUGGUUUAUAAGAUAUCAGAGGAGUAUCCUUCGAAUAGGUUUCGAGCUAGGAAUGGUGGGGUUGUUGUGAUGAUUGUUCAGUUGCUAAAGAAUCGUUCAAAUGGUAUUGGGACUGUUUUGAGAGGUAAAGCUCUUAUGACUUUGCUUUCCAUGGCAAAGGAUGAUGAAAGCAAGAAAAUAAUGCUUGAUGAAGGCAUGACUAGGCUGGCCAUACAUAGUCUUACUGGAAGCUCAGAGAAAGAGAGGGAGUAUGCUGUGAAGUUAUUACUAGAGUUUUCUAGUGAUGAAGCUUAUUGUACGAGAAUUGCAUCAGAGAAAGGGGCCUUAGUACUUCUCUCAAGCAUGGCAGGAAAUUUGGAGCAUCCUGCUGUAGCCAACUUGGCUGAGGAGCUGUUGACACAAAUGGAGAGAACCGAUGAUAGUGUUCAGCAUUUAGCAGCGGCAGGAAGAUUUGAACCCUUACUUAGUCGGCUGUGUGAAGGACCUGAUGAUAUUAAAAUACAGAUGGCAUCAAUUAUUGGGAGAAUGACCUUGACAAAUAACAAUAAAGAACAAAUUGCCAGGCAAUGUGCUCAAACAUUAGUUGAAUUGUUAUCUAAACCAGAAGGAAGAACAUCGAGCUUGCAAGCCUUAAAUAACCUGUCAGGGUUGGAUGACAAUGCAACCAUUCUGGUUGAUUGUGCUGUUCUUCCUGCAUUAGUGGCUAUUCUCUUACAAGAUGAAGGUUCUUCGCCAGAUUGGAAGGAACUUGCAGCAUCAGUAAUUGCAAACAUAGUAUCAAAUCCUGGGCACUGGGAACUGGCUUCAAUUGACAGGAAAGGGAAUUCAAUGCAGUCAGAAUCAGUAGUCUUUAGUCUUGUUAGACUUCUUUUUGUUGCAUCUUCCCAAUGUCAAGCUUCUAUUCUCCGCAUCCUAUAUGGAAUGGCUAGCUCACCGCAAGCUGCAGAGUCAGUAGCUAUGCAUAUACAAAAUUCUGGGGAUGGCAUCAAAACAAUCAUUCUGUUUCUUGAAUACCCAGAGGUUGAACACCGAACUUACGCUUUUAAGCUUACAAGAGUACUUGCGGAAAGGUUUGGUCAUGAUUUAGCUCAAGAGCUAAAACUUUCUGACAAGCUUUCCUUAUUUAAGGAGAAAUUACUCGAUGACAAAUCAACAGAAAGUGAGAAAUCCAAUGCUGCAUGCAUACUUGCUAAUCUUCCACUCUCCGAAGAUGAGGUAAAAACAAUCAUGGAGGCAGGCUUUGUUAAAUGGACAAUAAUGACUCUUAAAAAGCAGAAGGGUAUCUCGAAUGGAAGAACAUCCCGGCCUAUAUCAAGCAUGGCAGAAGGACUAUUAGGUCUAUUACUCCACUUUACAAGGAGCCUUGAUCAAGAGACCAUUAGUGUGGUCAAGGAGCAUCAAAUCAUGACCAUUUUCUGUGAGCAGCUGAGUUUUCUUGCAAAACCUAGAGUGAGGCAGCUUGCUGCUGUUGGAUUGAAGAACUUGUCUGAAGCUGGAAGGUCGCUUGCAGCUGCAGACUCGGAACCACCACCUCCCCAAGGUUUCUGUGCUCCCUUGGUAUUCGUGUGUGGAAGGGCACCUCCAAAACCUUCGACUUGUCCUAUACACAAUGCUCCAUGUGAAAACAAUAAUCAACUGUGCUUACUAAAAUCCAAUUGCAUCAGACCCUUGGUUGACCACCUUCGCGAUGAAGAUACCUUUGUUCAAAUAGCUGCCAUUGAGGCACUUUCAACUCUUAUGUUAGAUAUGGGUAAUGGUUACAAAAGAUCCGUGGAUGAGCUAGAAAAGCAGGAUGUAAUCAUGGCUGUCAUCGAACUUUUCACUGAAAUUCGUCCUGGAGUGCUUCAAGAGAAGGCACUUUGGAUGAUAGAGAAGGCAUUGAGAGUGGAUGGCCCUGCCCAUAAGUACUCCCUCAAUCAGUCACUGGUUAGGGCUUUGGUGGAAGCUUUUAAGCAUGGAAAUGCUAAUGCAAAGAGACAUGCUCAGGAUGCUCUUACCAACCUAAAACAGAUAUCAGGUGUAAGCGGAAAAGCCUCUAGUCACUCUCGGGCGCGGAGGUAAGUAGCAACACAAAAUACUCAUUAUCCCUCGUUUUUCUAUGUAGACACAGUAUAAUGCUUCAAAUUUGUACAGCAUUCACAUCACAGCCACCAAAUUUUGUAUUCAUUCCUGUGUAUUAUUCAUCAUUAAUGAAUAAUCCAUCAUCCUCGUUUCUGGCUCGGCAGUAUGAUUUCCUAGUUCA